AUAGAAAUACUUCCGUCAUCUUGUCUUGGAAGUUACAGCAAACUGGGACUUCGCCAUCUCCAUUCCCUUGGACGCCACAGACCCUUUCUCAUCCGGCAGCAAGAGGCCGAAUCUCUUUCAUCUGCAGCUACUCCCGGACAUCCAUACAGUUCUGUUCUGUGUUUCCAUGUGUUGGCAACAACCAGGAAAGGAAGCAACCUUCCGUUCCAUGUGUCCUCCAAUGAGUUGGUCCAUUCCAUCACACAACGCUAGAACGUCGCCGUUUUAGCAACUUUUUGAAUAUAAAUAUAUGAGGGCAGGAUCUUGCUUGCUUCGGAUUGCCCCAACAUGCCUCGGCACUAGAGAAAUUUCCAUGCACUUGAGCUAUACUGUUUCUUGUGUUCAUACUCAUCUGAACCCAACAGACUCUUGAGCGUGCAUCUUACCCUGCUGCCCAUGACCACGAGGGAGAGCCAUCUAAUUUCAGUUAGGAACAGACAGGAUGCUCUCUCGUGCAAUCUGCCUUGUCGUCAACGGCACAACAAAACAGAUAAGCAACAGCUUGUCUGGAUGAUAUUCUUGGUGUCCACUGCUCUCUUCAUCAACCAAUUGCUUCAGCCUCUCCCAUAUAAAUACAGGUACAGCCCCAAGGCUUCAGCACCAACAGCCUACAAUUCUUUUCCAUUACUACCAUACACAAGAAAACAUCACCAAACCUUCAGUCCUCAACAAUGGCUUGCCAUCUACGGUCGGCGAGCACGCCCUCCAGCCCUCGCUCCAGCAACACACAAGUCGAGCAGCAGCUCCAGAGCCUGAGCGCAACCGUCUCUUCGCCCUCAGCGACCAUCGAUACGAUGUGCCAUGGUUUGAGGAGGCUGGCAGAGAUCUACAGCUGCAUCGAGAACAUGAUGUGCACACCCAGCAGCCAAGCAAGUCUUUGCCACACCCUGCAAAGGGUGGCAGUGGAGGCAGAGCUCGGACGGUCCCUCGUCGUGCUCGACCUCUGCAACGCCAUGCAGGAGACCUUCAUGGAAUUGAAGAUGACUGUCCAAGAGCUCUUGUUGGCUCUCAAGAGAGGAGCUGACGCGUCUGCUCAAGUCAAGGCGUACGUCAGGCUAGCCAAGAAAGCACAAAAGCAGUUCAAGAAAAUCAGCAAGAAGACUGCUUCCGACAAGAACGAUUCCAGGGUGGUGAUGCUACUUGCAGAAGCGAGGGAGAUCACCAUUUCGCUACUCGAGUCCACAUCCUCGGUCUUGUCCAAGCAAAUUGAGAUGCCCAAGUGGUCUCUUGUCUCCAAAACAUUGCACAAGAGCAAAGCCGUCUGCGAAGAGGAGCAACUGCAGGCAUUGGAGCGCAGUAUCGGAGAUCUUGAGAGCGGAGUGGAGCUUCUGUACAGGAGAUUGAUCCAGAACAGAGUUUCUCUUCUCAACGCUCUUAGUUCAUAGAUACCCUGAGCUCUGGCUCCCUGCGGUUGGCAUCCACCUUUUAAAGGAUUAGUCAAUCAUCAUGAUAGCAAUUUUGGUAGCAUGUACACUUGUGGAUAUAUGCAGAAAGUUCACUUAAUCGAAAAGCAAAGAGAAACAAUUUUGGCAAUUUCAUAUUUUCUGGAUUUUACCAUUUAUGCUGUUAACUGAUUUUUGUUAAACAAGUGUCUAACAAAAGAUCUCUCUCCUCAAACAUACAAUCUAUUUACAAGCGACAGAACAAUAACAUGGAAUUUGGGGCAUUCUAUUUUCAAAAAAAAAAAAAAAGAAUUUGGGGCAUUCCUGUCACAUAAAAUGUUGUCUAGUUUAUGAUUUUACACUAGUGAUGUUACAAGAAGUAAUGGUGUUCCUAAUGGCCUAUGGGUCUCAGGUAAUUAUUUGCCAAGGGUCAAAUUACGUGUCUCAAGCUCUAGCAUGCUGAAACAAGCCAGCUCGAAU